AGCACAAAACGAGCGGUCGCAGCAUCCAAUCAUCGCCUUUUGUUUUUCCGCAUUUGUAGUCAUCGAGAUAUGUCGUUUGUAAACUGUAAAGUAUCCGUUUAUACACAUGUAUGUGAGGUAACUGACAUAUGGUCAACUCGGGAAAAUAGGCGUAGAACGUUAAUUAAGGGGCUAGCCUAGAAGCUAACAAUGGGCAUGGAGGAGUACUGACUGCUUAUUAAAUAGUAUGACGGUAUCGUAUUUAACGAUAGCAGACUGCUUCGAUUUCAGUCAAAUGCUCUCGAGUAGCCAAGUCAAUCUAAGAGUUAGCUAAGUGAAUCUAAGAGUAAGAUCAUGGUGUUCAAUUAGCAGCCGUUACGUAACAUUAUUUCACCCUCUUAAAACAUCCUUGCUGUUUUCACUUUUACGAAUUUGCUUGAAAUGCUACAGUGUUAGCUUCUGUUGCUAUUCUUUUAACGAGUCACCCACGUUUGCUAAGUUGUUCAUACUCGGCCAGCUAUUGUUUUAAAACAGUACAACAUGCAGCAAAAUAAUCGUUCCACACAGUGGAUAGAAGCUCGAUGUUUGUUUGGUUGGUUUUUUAGCUUUACGUCUCUAGACGAUAGGAGUGUGACAAGAUCUCGCGAGAUUAAAACGUGAAAUGAUUUUUCGUUCAGAAAAAAAGUCUCAUGGGCAUGUUAAUAAAUAAAUUGAUUAACAAAAUAAAUUAAAAUUAACUCGAUAGUUUUGCCGGCCUUUAUAUGAUGCCAUGUGCAUGUGUGUCUGUUUUCCUUGUCUCUUGCCUCCAAACAGGCAGGAAGAGGUUUCACACUGUGCAUUGCUUUCAUCACCUUGGUGCCUUUCUUACAUAGAGCAAUGGCAUGAACAGAGUGAGCCCUUUUGUCAGUCAUAUGGUCUCUUUCUCUUGGUGGGUGCAGGCAGGGUAGGCAGCGUACAUACAGUACAUACAGUGUGCAGAAGUAUUAUACAUUAAAUUAGUAGAGAGUAGAUGCAAUAUAUUGUCAUAUUAAAAAAAAUGUUUUAGUGUCCUUCUAUCCAUCUUCUUCCGCUUAUCGGAGGAAGGGUCGCAGCCUAAGCAAGGAACCCCAAACUUCUCUCUCCCCGGCUACUUUGUCCAGCUCCUCCUGGUGGAUCCCGAGGUGUUCCCAGGCCAGUUGAGCGACAUAGUCUCUCCAACUUGUCGUGGGUCUUCCCGGAGGCCUCCUACUGGUUGGACAUGCCCUGAACACAUCCCCAGGAAGGCAUCGUGACCAGGGUUCCUCUCAAUGCGGAGAAGCAGCGGUUCUACUCUGAGUUCCUCCCAGAUCAAAGUGCUUCUCACUUUUUCUCUAAGAAAGAGCCCAGCCACACUACGGAGAAAACAAAUUUUGUCCGCUUGUAUCCGCCAUCUUGUCCUUUCGGUCACUACUCCCAACGCUCACGACCAUAGGUGAGGGUAGGACUGUAGAUUGACAGGUAAAUUGAGAGCUUUGCCUUUUGGCUCAGCUCCCUCUUCACCACAACGGACAGAUGCAGAGUCGGCAUCAAUGCAGGCACCGCACCAAUCCGCCUAAACAAGAUGCCGAGACCCAACCUCGUAUAUUGUCUCGUCUCGUGAACUGAGUGUCUCGUGACACCCCUAAUGCCUUCAGCAACGGUUGGCAACAAUGCUGUCCAGUCUGCCAUUCCAGAGCUUGGAAACGGAAGUCAGUCGGAGACCAUGAAGCAGGUUCUUGGCGUGAUUGACAAGAAAGUUCGCAACAUGGAGAAAAAAAAGUCCAAGUUGGAUGACUAUCAAGCAAAGAAGGAUAAAGGCGAAAGACUGAACCAGGAUCAGCUGGAGGCCUUGUCAAAGUACCAGGAGAUCCUCAACAACAUUGAGUUUGCUCGAGAACUGCAGAAGAGCUUCCUGACUCUGGGCCAGGAGAUCCAGAAGACGGUGAAGAAAACGGCGAGGCGAGAACAGCUGCAGCGAGAGGAAAUGGAACAACUGCGGCUGAAAACGGUUUUGGAGCUGCAGUUCUUACUGGACCAGUUGGGCGAUGAAAAUGUCAGGCAGGACCUCAAACGGCCCGAUGCCUCCGGUGCCUCCCUGCUCACGGAUGCCGACCUCGCAUCCCUCGAUGAGUUCUACAAACUUGUUGGACCAGAUCGCAACUGUGACGUAAGGUUGACUGAACAAUACGAAGAGGCCUCGCUACACUUGUGGGAGCUGCUGGAGGGCAGGGACAAGGCUGUGGCAGGAACUUCAUAUAAGUCUCUGAAGGACACUCUGGACAAGUUGCUACAAAGCGGCUACUUUGACCGAGCGCCAAGUGGUCACAAUGGAACAUGUGAGGAGGAGGGGGAGGAGCAGGAAAAGCAAACGGCGGUGGCAGCGGACUCUAAUGUGGAGGAGCAACCAUCCGAACCUGAAGGAACAGUUACUGAAAAUCAUCCCGAGAUAGUGAAAGUGGAAACCACAGAGUUUGUUAACAGACAGUUCAUCCCGGAAAGCACUUACAGCAGUACAGACUCAGAACAAGUGGAGGAGUGGUCAGUGGACGUACAGAUGGUGAAUUCCCUCCAGCUCCAGCCCCCCGCCCAACUGGCUCCAGAACCAAUUGUCGCUGUGAACAAUGUCAAUCCCUCCCCGCCUACUGACCCCGUAGUCAGGAAGCAGGUAGUGCAAGAUCUCAUGGCCCAGAUGCAAGGGACAUAUAACUUUAUGCAGGACUCAAUGUUGGAGUUUGAUGGCCAGGCCCUCGACCCGGCUAUUGUGUCCGCCCAGCCCAUGAAGCCUGUCCAGACUGUAGACCUACAACAGAUGGCCUGUGCUUCAUCUCUUUCAGAGUCCAGGCUUCCUCAAAUAGGUGCGGUGACAGGACCAAAGGAACCCUCACAGGCUACAAUGUCUCUUUCCUCUGAGCAGUCCUCUGCCUCCUCUUGCUCCCUGUCCUCUGCCUUCCCACCCGCCUCCAAAGCCACCCGCGCCGGUGGCAUCAAUGUCAAUGCUGCACCCUUCCAGUCAGUGCAAGCGGUAUUUAACAUGAACACGUCUGCGCCCUCCCCGGCCACGGGCCAUGCAGACCCGCUGAAGCAGCCCAGCCAGUUCUCUGGUGGCUUUGCUCAGGGUUUCAGCGCUCAGUCAGAUAACACGGUGGACCAGCCGGACAUACCGCAGGAGACGUUACAGUCAGUUGUUGCUGGGUUCCAGACCCAAUCCCAGGUCAUGCCCUCGCCAGUUGGGCAUGAAGACUCGUCACCCGGUGCAGGUUUUGGACAAGCGGGCCAGUCCUUCUACAACAACAGAGCCGUGCCGAGGGGCGGAGCCAGGAACAGUAGAGGCACCAUGAACGGUUACCGGGGUUCCUCGAAUGGAUUUAGAGGGGGAUAUGAAGGGUACCGCCUUCCCUUUUCUAACCCUCCCAGCAGUGGUUACGCUCAAAGCCAAUUCAACACGGGGGCCCGGGACUACACAAACAACUACCAGAGGGAGGGCUAUCAACAAGGUUACAAACGAGGAGCUGCCCAAGGACCUCGAGGGCUGUCUCGUGCUAACGCUCAGGCCAUGCGAUCCUAACAACCGUCUUGCCGCUCCACGUUGAACAUUCAGGAUUUUUUUGAAUGUGUUCACCCCAGCUCACUUUUGUAAUCUUUCAUCUCACAAUUAAUCUCUUUUUUUUUUUAAAUUCCCGGCCUACUAAUCCCGAGUGCGCCUGCUUUUCGUCUGCCCAUACCCUUCUAAAUGUUUGAACACAAAAUGCUGAAGUUGGUAACACGUAGGAUUAUCAGCAAGUAUGUGUGAUAUUAAACAAAUAGAUAUUCCUGUAAACUUGAAAGAUUUCAUUAAUUUAUUUUUUGUACAAAAUAAAUGCAAAAAAUACCCCGCCACUGUCAAAAUGAUUCCCAGGAGAUUUUCCUCUGGCAUGUGCUUGUUUGUCAGUCCCCCCACCCGGCCCCCCCAUCUUGUAGACAUGACAAUUUCUUUUGUAACCUCACUAUCACCAUCACCUCUUUGUAUGCUGAUGUUAUCAGUCGAGACUGUUUCAAUAAAUAAAGCUGUGUUCUAUUACGCUGUUUUUUAA